UCCUCCUCCUCCCCAGGAGAACCCGAGCGAGGAAGACGCCGCCAUCGUGGACAAGGUUCUCUCCAUGCGGGUGGUCAAGAAGGAGCUCCCGUCGGGGCAGUUGGUGGAGUGCGAGGAGUUCUUCGUCAAGUACAAGAACUACUCGUACCUGCACUGCGAGUGGGCGACGGUGGCGCAGCUGGAGCGAGACAAGAGGAUCCACCAGAAACUCAAACGAUUCAAGACCAAGAUGAGCCAGAUGAGGCACUUCUUCCACGAGGAUGAGGAGCCGUUCAACCCCGACUACGUGGAGGUCGAUCGGAUCCUGGACGAGUCCCACAGCGUCGACAAGGACAACGGGGAGGUGGGGAACCCAAAAUUCGGGGGGGACUGA